AUGGCCAUCGGCAACGCGGUCUCCGCAAUGGCACAGAAUAUGUCCUACGGAGCAGACAACUUCUACCGCAGUGACAAUGUGACGGUCCAGCCGGUCACUUUCCCAACUCAAUAUCGGACUACUGUCGCCGGUAACAUGUUCAUUCUGAACAACAUCAAUCGCAGUGCCGACAUGCCGGCCGUCAUCGUCGGCCACCCCAUGGGUGCAGUGAAAGAGCAGAGCGCCAAUCUGUACGCCACCAAACUGGCCGAGCAGGGCUUCGUUACAAUCUCGCUGGACGCCCCGUUUUGGGGCGGCAGCGAAGGUGAACCACGCAACGCAGUGUCCGCCGAGCUCUACGCAGAGGCGUUCAGUGCCGCAGUUGACUACCUCGGCUCGCAAAACUUCACAAAUGUGGAUCGUGAGCGUAUUGGCGCUCUCGGUAUCUGUGGUAGUGGCUCUUUCGUGAUCAGCGCGGCGAAGAUCGAUCCGCGCAUGAAGGCCAUCGCGACCUCCAGCAUGUACAACAUGGGUGCUGUCGCCCGCCACGGGCUUCGCCACUCCCAAGACGUCGAGCAGCGUAAGGAGGUUAUUGCUGAGGCAGCGAACCAGCGCUGGACCGAGGUGGAUGGUGGUGAGGUUCAGUACACUGGCGGAACCCCGAAUCACCUCACGGCAAACACGACUGCAGUCGGACGUGAAUUCUACGAUUACUACCGUACCUCCCGUGGCGAGUUUACGCCUCGAGACACCACACCGGAGCUGACAACGCACCCAACGCUCUCGAGUAACACGAAGUUCAUGAACUUCUACCCGUUCAACGACAUCGAGACCAUCUCACCCCGUCCGAUGCUUUUCAUCUCUGGUGACCAGGCCCACUCGCGCGAGUUUAGCGAGGAUGCUUAUGCGAACGCGGGCGAGCCGAAGGAGCUUUUCUGGGUGCCCGGAGCUGGCCACGUCGACCUUUACGAUCGGACCGAGCUCAUUCCCUUCGACAAGCUUACCCACUUCUUCCAGACGAACCUCGUUUAG